AUGAUAACUAUGGGUUUAUUGCCUGCGGGAGAACAGCUUAAUUUCCAGGAUAGCCAACGACACGCGGAACACAUCCGAAGACAAGGAAUUAAACAAUUUAUUAAUAUCUAUAACCGGAAUAAAGACCGAAUCGACCGAUGCUUCAAAUGGGGCGAUGAGAUGGAGUACACGAUCGUCCGCUUUGACCACAACAGCAAUAAAGUUAGACUUAGUCUUCGGUCCGAAGAGUUACUCAACAUUAUGUAUGAGAGGGAAGAGAGAGAAGGAGAGAACCGACGAGUGCUUUGGAGACAAGAGUCGGGCUCUUUCCAGAUCGAGGCCACACCCGGACAGCCGUACGGCUAUAAUAGUGACCUCAACGACAAGAAUUCAAUGAAUAAUCUGUUUAAUAACGUGGAGAACCAGAUGAGGGAACGACGUCUGGAUAUCCGGGGUUUGCUCCACGAAGACGAGGCAAUCCUAUGUCUGACAAAUUAUCCUAGGAUGGGAUGUGCGGACACAACAGUGCCCAACACUAAACCCGAUCCAUUGAACAGUAUGUCCGGCAGUAUUUUCUUGUCCGACGAUCACAUCAGUCACUUAAACCAGAAGUACUUUAUUAUCGAGAAGUAUUUUAAUGAACGCAUCGGCCAUAAGGUGGCCAUAAAUGCACCCAUUUUUAAGGACACCAAAACUCCCGACCCAUUCAUUGAGUUCUUUGACCACAAGGAAGCGAUGAGAGCGGCAAAAGUGGAUCACAUUUAUAUGGACUCAAAGAUUUUUGGCAACGGUUGCUCCUGUCUACAGGUAACAAUGCAGGCGACGGACGUGAACGAGGCGUUCAUACUAUAUGACCAGUUGGCGCCGUUAACCCCCAUAAUGAUGGCAUUGGGUGCGUCGACCCCCAUAUUUAGGGGCUAUUUGUCGGACAGAGACGGCCGAUGGGACGUCAUUGUCGACUCACUCGACGAUCGCACCCCUGAGGAGAGGGGAGAGAAGCCGUUGAAACACAACAAAUACCGGAUCCAAAGGCCUCGGUAUUCAGCGAUAGGCGCCUAUCUGUGCGAAUCAAACCAAUCAUAUAAUGACAGUCCGAUUGUCUAUAAUAAGGAUUAUUACAAUGAGCUAAUCGGCUCUGGAGUGCCGCCACCGCUGGCCCAACACAUCGCCUAUUUAUUCAUAAGGGAUCCGAUACUCAUAUCGAGUGAAAAACUGGAUCAAAACCCGGAGACAGAGUCCGAUCACUUCGAGGCCAUACAGGCGACAAACUGGCAGUCCCUGAGGUUUAAACCGCCGCCACUUAACCAACCGGCCAUCGGCUGGAGAGUAGAGUUCCGGCCGAUGGAGAUCCAGAUGACGGACGCCGAGAACGCGGCCUUUGCUGUCGUCACUAUAUUAUUGUCGAGAAUUAUAUUGAAAUAUAAACUUAAUUUCGUUAUCCCUAUCACUAAAAUUGAUGAAAACAUGUCAACCGCUCAGAAGAGGGAUUCAGUAAAUCGGUGUAAAUUCUGGUUUAGAAAAGACAUCUUCACUCGAAAUACACCGCUAUUUGUGAACGGCUUUAAUGAUAAUCACGUGAUAUAUGAUGUCGAGGAGGAAUCAUAUAUAGAGAUGUCCAUCAAUGAGAUAAUGAAUGGUUACGAACAGGAAUUUCCGGGUUUAAUACCACUAAUGAAGGAUUAUGUAAACAGCAUAGCACUGGACGCCCAGACCUACGGUAAAGUCCAACAAUAUGUCCAAUUAAUAGCCGACAGAGCGUCGGCUAAACUUCCGACACCCGCUCAAUGGAUACGAGAUUUUGUCCGAAAACAUAAUACCUAUAAAUAUGAUUCUGUAGUCAAUGAAAAAAUUACUUAUGAUUUGUUAAACACUUUAAAUCGUAUUCAAAAUGAAUGCCUAAAUGUUAAUGAAUUAAUUAAGAAUAAUUAA